GCGUGGCUAAAUCGUUGCCAUUAAGGAACUGUGUUUAGCACAUCAGGUAAAACAAGUUGCAAAUGAUUUGUCAGAGCGAUUAUCUGUAAGGCUUGAUCGAGACGAAGACAGCUACAUCGAGAGAGUGUGUAAAUACUACUCUCAGGGGAUCUUUUAGGAUGUGGGGACCGUCACACUGCUGCUUGAUACUCUGUCUGUGGGCUUGUUUGGAUGCACUGCCAGUUGCUGUGGAUAAAACCAAAGUGAGCCCUCCCGUCGAGGAACUGGGCCCACCGAAAAGUGAAGACACUGGAUUGCACUAUGAUCGAUAUCUCAGAGAGGUUAUUGACUUCCUGGAAAAGGACCCACAUUUCAGAGAUAAACUUCAUAACACAGACAUGGAAGACAUCAAGCAAGGGAAGCUGGCUAAAGAGUUGGACUUUGUCAGCCAUCACGUGAGAACUAAACUUGAUGAGCUAAAGAGGCAAGAAGUGAACCGACUGCGCACCCUAAUCAAAGUCAAACAAGACAUGAAUGGAGAAAAAGGUACGACAGUGGACCACCAGGCCCUUCUGAAACAGUUUGAGCAUCUGAAUCACAUGAAUCCACACACAUUCGAGGUGGAAGACUUGGAUCGCCUCAUUCAAUCGGCCACUAAUGACCUGGAAAACUUUGACAAGGAGCGACACGAAGAGUUCAAGAAGUACGAGAUGAUGAAGGAACUCGAUCGGAGGGAACAUCUUAAGACGCUGGAUGAGGAAGCGCGCAAAAAAGAGGAGGAACACUACGAAGAGAUGAAGAAGAAACAUGCAGACCAUCCCAAAAUCAAUCACCCUGGUAGUCAAGACCAGUUGAAAGAGGUCUGGCAGGAAUCUGAUGGGUUGGAUCCCAGUGAGUUUGACCCGAAGACGUUCUUCAACCUGCAUGACACUAAUGGAGAUGGCUACUUCGAUGAGCAAGAGCUCGAGGCGCUGUUUACCAAAGAGCUAGAGAAGAUCUAUGAUCCCGCACGUGAAGAGGAUGACAUGCAGGAAAUGGAGGAGGACAGACUUCGUAUGAGAGAGCAUGUGAUGAAUGAGAUUGACACUAACAGAGACAGGCUUGUUUCACUAAAUGAAUUUAUUACUGCCACAGAUAGGAAAGAAUUUCAAGAGCCAGGUGGAUGGGAGACUCUGGAGCAGAAUCCAGUCUACACAGAAGAAGAGUUGAGAGAGUUUGAGGAGCAUCUCGCUCGAGAGGAGCACGACCUUAACCUGAAGACAAAUGACCUUCUGAAACAGCGGGAGGAGCUGGAGAGACAACAGGACCAGCUUAACGCCAAUAAACUGGAACUACAGCAGGCGGUUCAGCACAUGGAGCGGUUGAAAAUACAGAAAACAGAGACUCCAGUGCAGGCCAAAGUGCCUUCUGCUGUGGAGGUAAUGCCUGGGGACGCUCGGCCUAUGUCACAAGGUCACCAGCAAGACCUUCCCGCACAUUUUUAGCAGCUCAAGCUCUUCUCUGUGUCUGUAUGGUGUAUGUCUGUUGUAUGUAAUGUAAAAUAUUUCCCUUCUCACAUUCAAAAGAACCAUUUACUGUCUCUUAGCAAAUACAUUGGCAUUCCUUAUUAUCAAACACAAAACAAUAUUCACCAAACUUUAGUAAUUGUAUCCCAAAGUAUGUAAUCAGACAAUCACACUUUUGUCUACAGUUUGUGAGGACAGGGACUGUACUUGAAAUGUGUGUUUAGAGAUGUUAACUAUUUUAAA